UCAAUGCAGAGUCCUGAAGGCAGUGUUUGGUGUAACCUGAAGCCGCUGUUGUAGGCUCUGCAGCUGAAGAUCCCAAAACGCGUUUCACGCGUGUUUUGACGCAUACAUCACACGCGUUUCAGCUAAAUUUGAACUGCCGUUUUGCUGACGGACGAGAAAAAGUAGCGCAUGCAUUAUCUACAAAACGCUUCCUGGUUCUUGCAGAAUACGCAGCUGUUUUAAACCAUCUGGGAAACGCGAACGACGCGAGGGGCGUUAUUUCGGCAAACACUCCUUUUUUAGACUCGCGCGAAAAGCCCGGUGCGUGGGGUCUUCACGGUGCAUGCGUCUCAGUGCGUGAGCGUGCGGUGCACGGACAUCAUGGGUCAACGCGGCUGGAUCCGGGCGCGCUGCCAAGACAGCGGGGUCGAUCCCGAGCGCGAACGUCUCUGGGCCGAUCUCUUCGACCAGCUGGACCUGAACAAGGACGGACGGAUCGACGUGAACGAGCUGCGCAUCGGAUUUGCCGGUCGGGGGCUGUCGUCGAGCUCGGUGGAGGAGCAGGUUGUACGAGCUGGAGACACUAAUCAAGAUGGUCAGCUGGAUUUUGAGGAGUUCAUCGAGUUUCUGCGCUCGCAGGAGAAACGUCUCAAACUUAUGUUUCGUAGUUUGGACCGCAACAAUGACGGUGAAAUAGAUGUCGGGGAGAUCCAGCAGUCCUUACAUAAUCUUGGAGUAGACAUUACAUUGGAACAGGCUGCAAAAAUAUUGCAAAGUAUGGACAAAGAUCACUCCAUGACUGUCGACUGGGCCGAGUGGCGAGAUCAUUUUCUGUUUAAUCCUCUGCACAACAUGGAGGAGAUUGCACAAUACUGGAAACACUCUGUGAUGUUGGACAUCGGAGAGCAUUUAACUGUUCCAGAUGAGUUUACUGAGAAGGAGAAACAGUCAGGGUUUGUUUGGAGGCAGCUGAUGGCCGGAGCCGUGGCGGGAUCUGUUUCCAGAACGGGCACAGCACCUCUGGACAGGCUUAAGGUCUUUCUUCAGGUGCAUGGGCAGACCUCUGAUAAAGGGAAUGUAUGGAGUGGUCUUCGAGCGAUGGUGAAGGAGGGAGGUCUCACAGCGCUGUGGAGGGGAAACGGCAUUAAUGUGCUAAAAAUCGCACCGGAAACAGCAAUUAAAUUUCUCGCUUAUGAACAGAUUAAGUGUUUAAUACGAGGCAGUAAAGAAGGAGGAACUUUAAAGGUUCACGAGAGAUUCCUCGCCGGAUCACUGGCUGGAGCCACAGCUCAAACUAUAAUAUAUCCUAUGGAGGUGCUGAAAACACGUCUCACCUUGCGUAAAACAGGACAAUAUUCAAGCGUUGCGGACUGUGCAAAGCAGAUUCUGCAGAAAGAGGGUGUUCGGGCCUUUUAUAAAGGCUAUCUGCCCAACAUCCUGGGCAUCAUCCCCUAUGCGGGUAUAGACCUCGCAGUCUACGAAACACUGAAGAACGCCUGGUUACAGAGGCAUACGGCUACGUCAGCUGACCCCGGUGUUCUGGUGCUGGUGGGUUGUGGAACUGUUUCAAGUACCUGCGGACAGCUGGCGUCCUAUCCGCUCGCCCUCAUCCGAACACGCAUGCAGGCUCAGGCGUCGGUGAAGGGUGGACCUCAGUUGUCCAUGUUGACCCUGUUCAGGAGUAUAAUAGCUCAGGAGGGCGUGGUGGGACUUUACAGAGGCAUCGCUCCAAACUUUCUCAAAGUCAUACCUGCAGUCAGCAUCUCCUACGUCGUCUACGAGCACAUGAGGAAAGUACUGGGAGUUGGAACCUGAGAGAGAGUAUACAGACAAAAAAUAUAACCAAACCUAUUUUAUUCUGAAUUAAGAUGGACAAGAAAGGAUUGUAGGGGUCAUUUAUUUAAAUCUGAGACAUAGCCAAUCAGAGGACUGACUUUACUGAGAGAUAUCUACUGAGGAUCUACUGCUCGAGGACUAGAAACCAAAUGUCGGAGCUUUAUAUUUAAAAGCCAAAUAUGCUGAAUCUGACAGGUGCUUAUCUGAAUCAUUCCUGAAUGAUGCAUUCUUUAUUUUGUGUUUGUUUUGUUGGUCAACAGGGCCGUGAUAUUCAGGUAUACAGGGUAUACAUCCAUGGAUGCGGUAAAAUAAGCAUUGUGUGUGGAAGAUUGUGUGAGCAUGUGUAUUGUGUGUGUUUAACAAACUACUGAACAAACCAAUUAUCUUUUUUUUUUUAAACAUUUAUAUUAGAGAAUAGACAAAAACAUAUUUGUUUUCAACCCCUUUGAUCUGACUGUGCUAGUGCCUCUUUCCAUCGAGUGCAUUAAAUAACCUGAACAAUACCCCCCCCCCCCCAUACUAGUUAAUGAUAUGACGAUAACCCUCCAAAUCCAUCAGCACAAUGAAACAAGCCCACAUUGUAAAUCUGAUAUGUAUGAAUUUGCAUAUUUUAGUCAGUGUGAGAUAAAAUCAACCAAGCAUGAGAAGAACAAUUGUUUAUGUAAAUCAUUUGCAAAAACACUUUUUUUGAUUUGUUUGUUUACACAAAUUUAUACAGAAGUUAUUUCUGUCUGUGUCUUAUACAUAUAGCAAUAGUAUGUCAGAUAGGAGCAUGUGUAUUAUUAAAGUGUGCAUCCAUGCAUGCUUUUUGGAUAAUAUUUUUCCCACGAUCACUUGCACUAUGAAAGAGUUUAUAAGCGUUCUCUCUGGACUUUUUUAGGUGAAGAAAUUUGUUGAGAGAAAACAAACAUUUUGAAUUUAACUUGAUACUAACAGUGACAUACGAAGCAAUGAGUGGGUUUGUGUUACUAAGAUAAAAAUGUAUGACCUAAUAAUAGUGUACUGUCUCUUUAAAUACUUAAAAGUAUGUACUUCCCAUCACUAGCAAAGUACAUACUUUAAGUGCAAAGAAUUUUAUAGUGUUUGAAAUGGGGACGCAGCCCUAAAGUUGUUUUUACAUAGCUGUUUCCCUCAAGACUAUUUUGAGCAAUUGGGAGAUGGGAAAAUGUACUGUCAGCUUUAUCACCUCAACAAAAUGUUCAGAUAAACUGUUUAGAUCUGAUACGUUACAAUAAGGUCGUUCAUUUCAGGUAAAACUGAAUUAUUUAACUUCCAUGAAAUCUCUUGAUGAGUUUUUUCUAUUGAUAGAGAAAGUGUUGAAUGGCAAAUGUAAUAAUUAUUUUUAUUUUUUAAAGGUCUUGAGUUUACUUUAGAGUUGUUUCAGAUAAUACUACAGUAUUUGACAUGCCCCCGAGUGCAGGAUGAUGUCAUUCAUAUUUCUGUUCUGUUUUCAUGAACUUGUAUUUCAUGCUGCAGAAUUGCACAACAUUGUUGAAAUGUUAGUAAACAUCUGGGCCCGCCCAGGUGGUUCUGUAUACAGACAUGAAUGGUUUUAUGUAAACAAAAACAAAACUGUAUUGAAAUGAUUUCUGCUGUCAGUGUACUUGCAAACUACAAUCUUGUAUUGAAUGCAUGCCAAAAGAAUGUAUGUAAGAUUAAAUUAUUAAACUGUAUUUUGCCUACGUUGGCUGAAAAAUUA